AUGGCAGAGAAAAGAACAUGGGUAUUGGGUAAUGAUCUAAUUACGAUUGAUCAAAAACUAGUGUAUAUCAAUCACGAACAAGUAACUUGUCGCAGAGGAAAAUACAAAACGAUUAUAUUCCAACACGAUGAUAGUAGCUAUGUCAUUACAAAGGGAUCUGCAAGCAGCAAUUGUAAAGACAGACAACUGUACAAAAAUAGAGUCAACGUCGUCAGUGGCAAGCGAAUGGAGCUGGACAAAUUCAAUCUUUGCAACCAACGACUUUCAUUCCUCGUCUACUCUUGUAUAUAUAUCAUACCUAUCCCAAUACUCAUCGGUAUAGUUGCAUUCUCUUCACAACAUCAAAAUAAAACUAUAUUUGCUAAAUAUUAUUAA